UCCCCGCGCGCGGGCGGCCUGGCACAGCGCUCCGGUAAAGCGGGCGCGCAGCGGGUUGUAGCGGACGCGGCUUCCCCGCCCUCGCCUGCGCUUUCGCCGAAGACAGCCUUGAGGCCGCGGAGUGGAGCGCUGGCCUGCGCAGGCGCCGCUGGCCUCGCCCAGCAGCCAGUGUUGCGUGUGUUACGUCUAAAUUCGCGUCGGGUCAUUUCCAGUCCCUGGCAACCGCUGGAGACUGGCAGGAAGAUAGUACAGUAGCUGUGUCAUUGUGUUAUGAUGCCAUCUCGUACCAACCUAGCUACUGGAAUCCCCAGUAGUAAAGUAAAAUACUCACGGCUUUCCAGCACAGAUGAUGGCUACAUUGACCUUCAGUUUAAGAAAAGCCCGCCUAAGAUCCCUUAUAAGGCCAUUGCACUUGCCACAGUGCUGUUUUUGAUUGGAGCUUUUCUCAUUAUCAUAGGCUCCCUCCUGCUGUCGGGCUACAUCAGCAAAGGGGGGGCAGACCGGGCUGUUCCUGUCUUGAUUAUUGGCAUUCUGGUAUUCCUGCCAGGAUUUUACCAUUUGCGCAUCGCCUACUAUGCAUCCAAAGGCUACCGGGGUUACUCCUAUGAUGACAUCCCAGACUUUGAUGACUAGCAUUCAUCUCAGCCCUGAAGAGAAGAGUCACAAUGUGACUGCAUCCAGCUUUAAGAUAUUGAACAGAACUAUAGCUAAGCACUGAGGAAUUCUGCACUUUGGAUAUUUAGCAAAACAAUAGCCAGAUUCUAUGAGUCCAUCACAAAAAUGUUCACUAAGCUUACAAUUAACUAAUUAGGACAUACUCUGUGCAUGUUCUGGCCCUGGCAAAGCUCAAGUUUUUCCACAUGAAUAUGCACAAUGAAAGAAUAGUAAGAUUAAUUGUCCAGUAAAGCAGGAGAUUAUUCUAUAGUGGAAAGUAUUACCACUAACACCCUCUUUCGAGUUGAACAUCUCUUUUAAAUAGUCUUCAUUGUUGAUUUUUUUCUUAUAGCAAGUGGAAAAAAAGGGGCCAAGUUCCUAAUAACAAAGAAAGUAAUUUAAAAAA